AUGUCAUGCUUAGAUCGUCAUUUUAAUUUUAAUGAUGUUUGGAUAAAAGUAUCGGAAGGUCUUGAACAUGUUUAUCGAACUAAAGAAAUGCUACCUACAGAAUAUGUCGAAAUUUAUCGUGUGAUUUAUAAUUAUUGUACAAAUACUCAACCGCAAAGCUUUGGAUCAGAAAUACCUAGAAAACCCACUAAAAAUAAUCGAAAAAAUAAUGUACAUGAUGGAGCUAAUAUUAUUGGUGAAGAACUAUAUAUCAAAUUGAGAAAUUAUUUAAAAAUUUACGUGGAAGAAAUUUUUGAAAAAGGAUUUGAUUUACAAGAUGAAAGUUUACUUCGUUUCUAUGCUACAAACUGGGAAGAUUAUCGAUUUUCAAGUAAAGUAAUAAAUGGCUUUUGCCACUAUCUAAAUCGACAUUGGGUACGACGAAUGCAUGAUUUAGGAAGAAGAAAUGUUUAUGAAGUUUUCACUAUGGCGAUGGAAGUUUGGCAGCUUGUUUUCUUUCAACCAUUGCAAAGUCAAAUAACAUUACCAUGUCUUCAAUUAAUCAAUACCGAACGUCAAAAUGAAAUUAUUAAUACUCGAUUAAUUCGUGCAGUUGUACAAAGUUAUAUCGAACUUGGCUUCCAGGAAAAUUCAUCUGUAUCAAAUAAUAGUCAUCAAAUAACAUCUCCAACAUUGAAAAUUUACAAAGAUUACAUGGAAGUACCAUUUCUUCAAUAUACAGAACAAUUUUAUCGUCAGGAAGCAGCUAAUUUUCUUGUUCACAAUUCAAUGUCUGAAUACUUGAGAAAAAUACCACGAUGGAUUGAUGAAGAAUUACAUCGAAUAGAAUCAUAUUUACAUUCAUCAACAUCAGCACCUUUAAUUAAAAUACUUGAACAAAUAUUUAUUCUUGAUCAACUUGAAGCAAUCUAUACUGAAGCAAAAAUACUUUUACACAAUGAAAACUAUUCAGAUUUCGCAUUUCUAUUCAAAUUAGUUGGUCGAGUACCAAAUACGAUCGUUGAAUUGAAAAAAAUUGUUGAAGAAAAUUUUCGUCCAAAAGCUAUUGAAUCUAUCGAACCAAUCAAUAUCACUGCAAUUAAUGCUCCGACAGAGUAUGUUAAAUUAAUUCUUAAUAUUCAUAAUGAAUUCUACAAAGUUGCACAAAUUUUUUUUAAUAAUGACGAACAUUUUAUUACUGCUAUUGAUAAGACUUGUAGAAAUUUUAUUAAUAAUAAUGUAUUAACAGAAGCUACCGAUAAUGCAAGAAAACCAGCUGAAUUAUUAGCUCGAUAUUGUGAUAGGCUUUUAAGAAAAGGAAGUGAAAUUGAACGAGAACUAGAUCAGAUUAUGAUAGUUUUUAAUUAUAUUAAAGAUAAAGAUGUUUUCGAAAAAUUUUAUGGUAAAAUGUUAGGUAAACGUUUAGUAGGUAAAUUAAGUGCAUCGAAUGAUUAUGAAGAAUCAAUGAUUUUAAGAUUAAAAAAUGUAUGCGAUUUGACAUAUAUAUCAAAAUUACAAAAAUUACUUGAAGAUGAUAACGUUAGUAAAACAUUAUUAGAUCAAUAUCGAAAGUAUUGUGAAAAAGAGAAGAUUGAUGAUAUUGUCGGUUUUACUGUGUUGAUUCGCAGGUCAAAUUCGUUGUCAUAUUCCGCAUCAUCAAAUUUUAUUACACCAAUUGAACUUAAAAAAACAUUUGACAGUUUCACGAAGUUUUAUAUGGAACAACAUAAUGCACGUAAGUUGAUAUGGCUUCAUCAACACUCCAAAGGAGAGUUACAAAUAUUGUACACUGACAAAAAAUAUAUUCUAAAUGUGUCAAUAUAUCAAAUGGCUAUUUUACUUCUAUUUAAUAAAUUUUCAAGUUGGACAGUUGAACAAAUGCAAGAUAAAACACAAAUCAAAAUUGAUUUAUUCUUGCAAGUUCUUUAUAGUUUAUUGAAAAGUAAAUUGAUUACAUGUUCUGAAGUCAAUCAUAAUCAACUUGAUGAAGAUUUUAAUGAAAGUUAUAUUAAAAUGAAUUAUACUAUUUAUAUAAAUGAAAAUUUUCGUAGUAAAAAAAUACGAUUAAAUUUAAAUGUACCAUGCAAAUCAAUCGAACAACAAGACAAUGAAAAUUUAUAUCGAACAAUUGAUGAUGAUCGAAGAGCCAUUAUUCAAGCUGCAAUUGUUCGAAUAAUGAAAGCUCGACAAACUUUAAAAUAUGUAUUAUUAGUACAGGAAGUUAUUCAACAAUUAAGUUCACGUUUCGAACUGAGAAUACCGAUGAUCAAAAAAUGUAUUGACAUAGUAAUUGAAAAAGAAUAUAUUGAACGACACCCAAAUGAACAUGAUAUACUACGUUACUUGGCUUAA